AUCUCACUGAUCGCCAAAACAUGGCUUCCUCUUCCACCCUCCCCUUCCUCUCCCUCCUUUUCCUCUCUUUCUCUCUCAUCUCCACCCACGCAGCCAACUUCGAGAUUGUCAACAACUGUCCUUACACAGUCUGGGCCGCUGCCAGUCCCGGCGGUGGCCGCCGCCUUGACCGCGGCCAGAGAUGGAACCUCUGGGUGAAUCCCGGAACUGCCAUGGCUCGCAUCUGGGGUCGCACCGGCUGCAACUUCGACGGCAGUGGUCGCGGCCGCUGCCAGACCGGCGACUGCACCGGCGGCCUCCAAUGCACUGGCUGGGGCGUCCCUCCCAACACACUAGCCGAAUUCGCUUUAAACCAAUUUGGCAACCAAGAUUUCUACGACAUAUCCUUAGUGGAUGGCUUCAAUAUCCCCAUGGAUUUCUACCCUCUGAAUGGAGGCUGCCACAAGAUCAGCUGUACGGCCGACAUUAACGGACAGUGUCCCAAUGAAUUAAGGGCACCUGGAGGAUGUAACAAUCCAUGUACAGUGUUUAAGACAAACGAGUAUUGCUGUACUCAAGGACAAGGAAGCUGUGGACCAACGAGGUUUUCAAAUUUCUUCAAAGAUAGAUGUCACGAUUCUUAUAGCUAUCCUCAGGAUGAUCCCACAAGCACCUUCACUUGCCCUGCUGGUUCAAAUUACAGAGUUGUGUUCUGUCCAUUAAGUUCUUCGUCUGAUCAUGUCAAUCUUGAGAUGCCUGGAAGCUCCAGCAGCGAGUAUUGAUGAUGAAGAGCGAUUAAAUUGUGUGUGUGUACGCUUGCGCUUCAAGUCGAGGUUUUCUUUAUUGAAAACUUUACUUAAUUCGCUUUUUGUGUAGGAUUAAUAAGCUUUGAGUUUAAUUGUGGGGUGGUUUUAAGUUGGGGUUGCGUGAAGGAGUGUUGAAGAGUAAAUAAAUGAAGGUUAUGGUCUUGUGGACCAAUGUCAGUCUGUAUGACAAUUUAUAUAUUUAACCACUGUUGAAACCGAA